CUUCAUUCACUAGAAGAGAAGUUUGUAUCUGCGGAACAAUGGAAAACAGAUUAUAGAGCAUAUGCAAAGGCAUGCAAGUUCUGCCUAGAAGAAGAGAAAUCACUGAUAGAUAAGUAAGAAUGAACAGCGAAUGUUAGGUGGGCACAAGUAUUUUAAUGCAUUAGUAUGAGAGUAAACCAGUUUUGUCUGGCAAAAUUAUCACCGAUAAGCAAGAUAAUGUAACAGUACUGUUUAAAUGCAGUGGGAGCAUUAUAUUGGUUGUGAUGGAAGUCCUGACCCAACUGUGCUACAGGAAAUAAAUACUUUCAUGAGCUUAUGGCGUGAAGAUCCAAAUGAGGACAUUCGGGUCGUGAUGGAGAAGGGAAAAGAAGUGCUAAAUUUAAUUGAGAAGUUGCAGUUUCUUUUAUUGGACACACCAGCAAAUGAGAUAACAGAAAAAGAAACAGUUCAGUACCAGGAAACGAUUUUGGACUUGCAGAAUCUUCUUCAUCAGAAGUACAAUGGAGCAACAGAGCACCUGCUUAAAACAGAUAAUAUGUCUGAAGAUUCUAACAGCGGAAAUGUGCAGGCAGUCAUAAAGGAUAAAAAUGUUACUCUCUGUAUUUGGGCAAAUCUGAAGAAGAAUGUAAGGUUCAAAAAUCAUGUGUUUUAUGAUGUACGGCAUGGAUUUGAUCUUCCAAAGUCACUGGCUGUGAACAGUGUUGCUAUUCGCAUAUUUCACACUCAUUACGAUCAUGUAUCUCCACUUUGGCUACAGUGUCAGAGUGCACCAAAGUUGAAAAUCUUAGAGAGCAAAGAGGUAACUGUGGAUUCAAAAGAGAAUGUAGAAGAACCAGAAGAAGAGGAACAGAAGCCCAAAGAAGAGUCCAGUGCACCCCCUGAAGAAGAAAUGCAUUCUGACGGGGUAAAGAGUGCUAGCUCUUUCGAAGGAAGUACCCAUAACAUAGCUGAUAUAAAUGAGAAGACAGAAGAGGAAAUUGAGAAGAAAUCAGAAAUCUUUGACAUACUAUCACAAGUUCAGAUUCCACUGAUGCAGGCAGAGAUCAGUGAAAAAGACGAAGAGAUAACUGAUGAAAAUAUUGUUGAUUUGCGACAGUUUGUACCAGUGGGUGGUGUGUACCAUAUUGAUGUGCUACAGCUCCCACCUCGGGCUAAAGAAAUCAAGAACUGGAGUAUGGUGGAGGUACUUGAUGUUGGAUUGGAGGCUUAUCCAUAUCCCCCAGAAUCAGAAGAGCCUGAAGAUGGCACACAUCCACCAAUAGGGAUCACACUUAAGCUUUCUGACAACGUGAUAUAUUUUGAAGAACCUGUAAUAGCACGAUGGGAUCCUGCCGGCAAACAGUGGCAAACAGAUGGCAUCAGCAACGUAACGUAUGAGAAAGACACGGGGAAUGUCACUUUUGAGAUGGAUGCCUUUUAUACAAUAGCACUUCUCCAGGAUGCUCAUCUCAACAUGCCUUAUCAGGCAUGGGAAUUGCACCCUACUGGUACAGACGAAUUAAUACUUACAGUUACUACAGCCUUUGCAGAGGUUCAGAUACAAGUUAAGGAACAUCAGGUUAUGUUGUCUUCAAUCGUGGUAGAACAGAAGGAUGCACUUUCCCAUUUGACAGGAAAAUGGAUGACUCCAGUUCACCUAACAGUAGUGCUGAAAAAGGCUGGUAUAAAUAUUUUCCCUGGAGCAUAUUCUCACAGUUACGUCUGCGUGAACAAAAAGGCUCCCCUAGUGGAAGUUAGGGCAUAUCAACAGAUGGCACUGGUUGCAUCUGCUUUUGCUUUCGGUUGGAGCAAAUGGAAUCUGGAAUCAGGUGAAGAGCAAGUAGUGCUUAAGGUAAGUGAGCAUCUUCAAGCAGAUUCUAUCAAAGAUGGAGACUGGUCUCUUUACAUGUUUGAUGGUCAGAGAGCACAGAAGCUUAAAAUCACUGAAGCUAGUGAAGCUUUUUCAGAAGAGCUAGAAGAUGACUCUGAAUUUCACUCUACUUUCUACCAUAUGCUUAAAGAUUUUGCCAGCAGCGAAGCAAUUGAUAAAGUAAAAAAAGCUAACUUCCUGUUCAUUGAUACCGUAUAUCAGUUGCUCCUUGCUACAAGAGUAUUAACAUAUUCCUAAACAUACUUUUAA